AUGGAUGUUUCCCAAACGCAAAAUACAGCUCCAGUUCUAGAGUUUCGAUGUCUGUACACACAAGACCUGCGGCGAAAGCAGAAGAGAUGGCAGGAUGGACGUCUCAAGUUCCAUACGUUCAACAAGCGCGUCAUGGUCUACGAUGAUAGGUCGAACUUCGUGGGAGAUACACAUUGGCGCGAGGACUCGGAGUUUGCUGAGGGAGAGGAACUCGAAUUAGAGCGCUCAGGAACUCUAGUCGAAGUCGGCGAAUGUGUUGGGAAACGAGAUCAAGAUCUCACCGAGUUAGUGGACAAACGUGUCAAGGAAAGGGAAGAGAGAGCCGCUGCAAAAGUGACCUCACCUGCGGUGUCGUUGUUCAGGAGCCAGGGAACUCCAACACCGAACGUUUUGCGCUCAAAAGCACUGAAUACUCUAGUGACCCCGAAUGGUCAUUACGGAAGAGCGUUAUUGCCUGCCACGUCUCCAUUCGAAGAAAGACAAGGACUUGCUGGUGGGCAAGAGAAGGAUGAACAAGAACGGCCGGCUAAGAGACGGAAACCGAAUGAGCCCACAUCAAGCAGAAAUGGCUAUGCUCAAAACUUGAUGGGAGCAACACUGAAUCUUACAUCG